ACGAAAAGAGCGGCGCUCGCUACCCACAAGUCUUUUCGCGUUUGUUUCUCUGCACACAACAGCUGCUGCCCGGCGGGCGCUCGGGAAGGACGAACGGGCACGUUGCCGCUCAGUGAACACCUGCUGAACAGAGAAGAAUGGAGAGUGCCAAGUGUGGUUCUUCAAUAAAUGUUAGCACAGGUGUUAAAGACGGCAAGACUCCCACAAAACUAAACUUCCUUCCAAGACUUAGAACAACUGAUCCAAAUCAGCUAGAAUCAGUUGCAUAUUAUCAGUUGUUCCAAUAUGCAACAUGCUGGGAGCAACUGUUGAUGUUCCUCGGUGUUACACUUGGCGUCAUUACUGGACUUUGCAUGCCUGCUGUCAUUGUGUUGUAUGGAGAAUUCACAACAAUCCUUGUUGAUCGCAAUGCUGAGAACAUUACAUCAUCACCCACUACAAUUCUCCCUCUGGCUGGUGGCGGACGUAUUUUAGUGAAUGCAAGUUGGGAAGAGAGAAAAGAAGCUCUAUUAGAAGAUUCAGCAGCAUUUGCAAUUGGCUGUUGUGUAGUUACACUGAUUCAGUUCAUAGUUGGUUCUAUGACAAUAUUUGUCCUCAACCAUUCAGCUCAGAGACAGGUUACCAGAAUUCGAAGAUUGUUCAUGAAAGCUGUUUUGAGACAGGAAAUGGCUUGGUAUGACACAAAUAACACAUCCACAUUUGCGAGCCGUCUUGCAGAGGAUCUUGAUAAAUUGCAGGAUGGCAUAGGAGAGAAGCUUGGUAUGUUCAUAUACUUACUGGUGUCUUUCAUAUCCUCUGUCAUUAUGUCAUUUUUUCAUGGAUGGAAGUUGACGUUAGUUGUUCUCAGCUCUGCACCAAUCAUAAUCUUCUCUACAGCAGUUGUUGCAAAGGUUCAAAGCUCACUCACUGCACAAGAACUGGAUUCAUAUGGGACAGCUGGUGCAACUGUUGAAGAAGUUCUCAGUUCUAUAAGAACUGUAAUGGCAUUUGGUGGCCAACAAAAAGAAGUUGAGAGGUACAAAGAGAGACUUCAUGCAGCUGAGACAACUGGCAUCAGGAGAGGAUUUUUCUCUGGCCUGGGAGGUGGUGUCAUGUGGUUCAUCAUAUACAGCAGCUAUGCUUUAGCUUUCUGGUAUGGUGUGGAGCUAAUCAUCAACUCCAGAGAAAUGGGGGACACAGAAUAUACACCAGCUGUAUUAGUCAUUGUCUUGUUUGGAGUCCUUGCUGGUGCCGUUAAUAUGGGUAUGGCUUCACCUCACUUGGAAGCCUUUGCAAUGGCAAGGGGGUCUGCAGCAGCAAUAUUUAAAGUGCUAAAUAGAAGACCAGAAAUUGACAGUCUGAGUGAAGAGGGAAAUUGUCCUGAGAAAUGCAGUGGAGAGAUUGAACUUAAAAAUGUACAUUUUCUGUACCCAUCUCGUCCAGAUGUGAAGGUGCUGCAAGGACUGGAACUAAAAAUCAAACCAGGGGAGACAGUUGCCCUAGUGGGAAGUUCGGGCUGUGGAAAGUCCACUGUUGUGCAACUAAUACAAAGAUUGUAUGAUCCCCAGCUGGGAUCUGUGUCCUUGGAUGGCUGUGAUUUGAGGAACUUGAAUGUUCGUUGGCUUCGUAGCAACAUAGGAGUUGUUGGUCAAGAACCAGUACUGUUUGCAACAACUAUAGCUGAAAACAUUAGAUAUGGAAAACCUGAUGCAAGUCAAGCAGAAAUAGAGAAAGCAGCUAUUGAAGCAAAUGCCCAUGACUUCAUAUGCCGAAUGCCACAAGGCUAUGAUACUCUGGUGGGAGAUAGAGGAGCACAACUUUCAGGUGGCCAGAAACAGCGAAUUGCAAUAGCAAGAGCCCUUGUGCGCAACCCUCGCAUUCUGUUGCUGGAUGAAGCUACUUCUGCACUAGAUACCCAUAGUGAAGCCCACGUCCAGGCAGCACUGGAGAAGGCCAGUGCAGGUCGUACCACUGUGCUGGUUGCACACAGAUUGUCAACAGUGGUGUCUGCAGAUCGCAUAAUUGUUCUUUCAGGAGGCUGUGUUGUGGAGGAAGGUACUCACUCAGAAUUAAUAGCACUGAAUGGAUAUUACAGCAAAUUAGUAGCAGCUGCAGGAAGAGAUGAACCAACACAGCAGCAGAGCGAAGCAGUUACUGGUGAGAAAGCAGAUGGACCAAUUUUUGAAUUCUCAAGGAAAUUUUCUUCGCCAAAAGAUCAUCUCCAAACUGGUACAUUAGUGGAAGAGGAAAAAAUUCCAGAAGCUGAUCUUGGACGCAUUAUGUCCCUCAACCAACCGGAAUGGCUGUAUAUCACUGUGGGAUGCCUUGCAACACUUGCUGUAGGAAGUGCUCUGCCAUUCUUUGCAGUGCUUUUUGGAGAAAUCUAUCGGGUUUUGUCAAUCCAAGACGCAGAUGAAGUUCGUCGAGAUACUAGUACAUUCUCCAUCUUGUUCCUUGUCAUUGGUAUUUUGUCUGGUGUGGGAACUUUCUUACAGAUGCACAUGUUUGGGGUUGCUGGUGUGCGUUUAACAAAAAGGCUACGCGUGAUGGUGUUUGAUUCCAUCCUUCGCCAGGAAGCAGCAUGGUUUGAUGAUGAAAGAAAUGCUGUUGGAGUUCUUUGUGCAAGGCUCUCUGGUGAUGCAUCCAGUGUUCAGGGGGCUACAGGGAGUCGUAUAAGCACUAUCCUCCAGUCAACUUCAACACUUGUAAUUGGAUUUGCACUUGCAGUAUACUAUAGUUGGAAACUUGCACUUGUAGCUGUACUUGCAGUUCCUAUUGUCUUCAUUGGUGUUUAUCUGGAGUCACGACAUAUGCGGGGGCAAGGUCUUCAUGAAAAGGAGGCCCUUGAAGGAGCAUCAAAGAUUGCUGUAGAAGCCAUUUCCAGUAUUCGAACAGUGGUCAGUCUGGGAAGUGAGAUCACCUUCUUGGAAAAAUACACAGCAGCUCUUGCAGAAUGCCAUAAAACUACAAGAAUAAAAACUAGAGUUAGAGGAUUGGUGUUUGCUUUGGGGCAAUGUGGACCAUUUUUUACGUAUGCGUUUACCCUGUAUUAUGGUGGCUACCUUGUUGCACAUGAAGGACUUCAGUAUGAAAAUGUCAUAAAGGUUUCUGAGGCAAUGAUUUUUGGUGCAUGGAUGCUUGGACAAUCACUAGCAUUUGCUCCAAAUUUUAGCACAGCCAAAAUGGCUGCAGCUAGACUUUUUGCUUUAAUGGACAGGAAACCAACAAUUGGUGUAACAUUUGGAGAUAAAAUGUUGCAACUGAAUGGUGAAGUGAAGUAUGAUAAAGUGGACUUCAGAUAUCCAACGAGACCAGGUGUUCAAGUGCUCAAGUCUCUGAAUCUCCUUGUGCCGUCUGGAAAGACAGUCGCACUUGUUGGGCCGAGUGGAUGUGGAAAGUCCACAUGCCUGCAGCUGCUGCAAAGAUUGUAUGAUCCUCUAGCAGGAACUGUGAAUGUUGAUGGCGCGAAUGUCAGUUCUUUCCCACUUGGAAAUCUGCGAUCUCAAAUGGGCAUCGUGUCUCAAGAGCCAGUCCUGUUUGAUCGCACAAUUGCAGAAAAUAUUGCCUAUGGAGACAAUAGCCGUGCUGUAUCCAUGGAUGAAAUCAUGGCCGCAGCGAAGGCAGCCAACAUACACACGUUUGUUGCAUCACUUCCACUAGGUUAUGAAACUCGACUGGGGCAAAAGGGAACUCAACUGUCUGGUGGACAAAAACAAAGAAUAGCCAUUGCUAGGGCUCUUGUCAGAAAUCCAAAAGUCUUACUGCUGGAUGAAGCAACCUCAGCACUUGACAAUGAAAGUGAGAAGGUUGUGCAAGAGGCUUUGGAUCAGGCAAGAGAAGGGCGAACAUGUAUCACCAUUGCACACAGGUUAAGUUCCAUACAGCAGGCUGAUGUAAUCUAUGUAAUAAGCAAUGGUGCAGUACUUGAAAAAGGCUCACAUCAACAGCUCAUGGCAUUAAGGGGCAUGUACUAUCAAAUGCAUCAACAGGGGCUGUAGAAAAUGUUUCAGUAGAUACCAUUUGGUGCUCACAAAACAAGUUUUUAGGGCCAAUUGGUGUUUCACCAAUUACAAACCAUCAUCUGUUAACUAUUAUUACAAUAAUUUCCAAGAAGUUUUGUAAGAUGAGACAACUUGAACAUUCCAGCAAGGAAAUAAUGCAAAUGUUUAAGAAGUGAGAAACAUAUUGGGAUAUUUGUAUCCCAAUAUUUGUGUAUAAGUCUCACAUUGAGAAAAUGUAAUAAUCCUCAUUCCAAAAACAUUUGGCAUGGUUCUUAAAAUUAAUUGCUACAUUGCAAGUGUUUUUUUCAGAUACAGAGUUUUACACAAUUUCAAAUUCUUCCUGUCGCAUUUCUGUGAAGAUCUUGAAUAUUGAAAUAUGUUGAUAAUUGCAUAUUUCUGUCCAUCAAUAUAAGUUAGUACAUACAUUCAGUUUAUCUGUAAUAAAUUUUGUUAUUAUUUAGAACUAUUUAUAUUUAACGAGCCAUAAAUAGCAGUAAGAAAAUUGAGCUACAGAGUACGAUCUUCCGCACUUAAUUUAAUGAUUGUACUAGUGUUUUAAAAAUCAGAUGUUUGUGGAGCACAGUGGAAUUGAUAAUCAUAGUUGGGCAAGCAACUCAUAUGUUUCUUGUUGAAGCAGGAGGCACAGUAUGUUAAGCUAUGUAACAGCUGAUUGUUUUCAGUGUAAGAGCAGUGGAGAAAUAAAAUACAAUGUAUAACAAUGAAGGAACUAUUCUACCAACAUAGACAACAAUUUUUGUACCAUACUACAUAGAUAUGUCAUGUCUAUUACUAUAGAAGAAAUACUUGUACAUUUUAGUAUAUUUGUCUGUCAUUUAGUUUAUUUUUGUAUUAAAUGUUGUGAGUGAAACACUCCCAAUUAUUGAGUAAGUUUUAGCAUCUGUAAGAUGUUCAGACAAAUGUAUGAAACAUCGUACAGAGUGGGUUUCAUUCCAGAAACUUUGCACAGGUUUGAAUGUCAUAACUCUAAACUGAUGUAUACAGUACAUCUGAAAUGACAACAUUCUCAAGCUCCAACUAACCUGUCUAUAAGUUUUGUAUUAAAGAAUAAAGUUUUAUAAGAUAAACA